AUGGAACUAAUGGAAGUAAAACAGGAGGAAUGUAAUAAUGAGGAGACGUUUAAAGCGGAAAUAGAGUAUAAUGAUUUAGAUAAUGCUCUUUUAGGCGGAUUUAAACGUGAGAUUAAGGAGGAAUCCAAUGGACAAAGUACACAUUAUGGUACUUAUGAUAAUUUAGACUUAAAUGACUAUACUACUAAAACUGAAAUGCACCAAGAUAUAAAUAAACUGAACCAAUUUGAAGAAAACCAAAAAACUGAAAAAGGUAAGUUAACAGUAUAA